UACUAACGUAGCCAUGGCAAAUCUUGCUCUUAUUUCUCUCUGCAUUUUCGCAAUUUUCGUCGGUUUUUCACUCCAAGGAAAUGCACUUUCCGACUGCAACGGCCCCUGCACAACCUUGAACGAUUGUUCCGGCGAGCUAAUUUGCAUCGACGGGAAGUGCAACGACGACCCCGACGUCGGAACAAAUAUCUGCGGAGGGGGCUCUACUCCAACUCCCGGCGACUGUGAACCGGUGGGGAGUAUGACGUGCAACGGCGAGACCAAGCCUACCUACCAGUGCUCGCCUCCGGUGACGUCCUCUACGGCCGCCACACUCACCCUCAACGACUUCAGUGAAGGCGGCGACGGCGGCGCGCCGUCGGAAUGCGACGGGCAGUUCCACGACAAUGGCGAAAGAGUAGUGGCGCUGUCCACCGGGUGGUACUCGGGAGGGUCUAGGUGCGGGAAGACGAUUCGCAUCACGGCGAGUAACGGGAGGAGCACGACGGCGACGGUGGUGGAUGAAUGUGACUCGAUGCACGGAUGCGACGAGGAGCAUGCAGGACAGUUGCCGUGCGAUAACAACAUCGUUGAUGGGUCGGCGGCCGUUUGGGAUGCUUUGGGCCUAGAUCAAGAUUUGGGCCGAGUCCCUGUUACAUGGGCCAUGGCCUAAUUGAUCAUUCAUCUGUGUGAUCAAAUUAAAUAUGUUAACAUAACAGUAAAGUGUCAUGAAGAAUUCUAAUUUUCAAUAAAGGUUAUGCAAGAUACACAGUAAUUCCCUCAUGGUGGAUGCUUUGUAUAUAUUUAAAAUGACUAUCUAAAACUUAGCUUGUUAUA